UCAAUGUCCUGGCCGGGUUUGAAAACAUUGCUCUCUCUCUCUCAAGCCCCACUGUAGCUUGGCUAGGGUUUUCAUUUGGGUCACAAUCAAUCCAUCCUCCACAGCUCGGCUUCCCGGAGACCUCCUCAGUGUGCGGCAUCUUGCUGAGAUUUCCAGCGGUGCAUUUAUAAAGAGGGGAGUGGACGAGGACGCCAUCUAAAGAGUAUAGAAGGAAGGGAGGACGGGAACUUGGGACCAGAAUCUGUUGAAAGCAAUGGUGAAUGUGCUCUUGAGGCCACUCUCGGCCACUCGAGUCCAUCUCCUCCGUCAAAAUGCGUUCCCAUCGGUGAUGUUUCAGACCAGCGCCGUCAGGAGCUACUGCUUUCUUGGUUGUCUAGGUCGACGGGUGAUGUUGCUGCCUGAACCCCACAAAAUGGAACAAUCUGCUGCUGGUUAUCAACUACGUUGUCAGCGUAAGCCAGAGAAUUUAGUUUCUUUAGGCCGCUCUUUUAGGUUCAGCAGCAUUCGAGCAGCUCAUGUUAAUGACCCUGGUUCUAUCGACUCCCCUCUCAUGCUGUCCAUGGAGCAAAAGAUCAAAGAACAGCUCAAUGCAGAAUCAGUUAGUGUAAAAGAUGCUUAUGGAGAUGGCCGGCAUGUCAGCAUUGAGGUGGUGGCAUCAUGCUUUGAUGGACAAUCUGCCGUGAAUAGGCAGAGGAUGGUGUAUAAAGCCAUUUGGGAGGAGCUUCAGAGCACCGUUCAUGCAGUUGACCAGAUGACCACAAGAACCCCGGCCGAAGUGGCAGCAGCGGCGGACAAAUAAUAGUAAAACUACUAUUUGUCAUUCAAAUAUUGUAAUUCUUUAACCUUUUCAUUUCAUUUUGAUGUCUCCUUCCUCUCCCCCAUCCCUCCCCCUCUCCCCACCCUGUUACUGUAUAAAACAGAAAGCAAACCUUUUAGUUUCCUGCCUUUCCCUAUACUGGUUCAUGCUUUGCUGUUUGUACCGUUACUCGGUCUCCAUUUUAGUAGUGCCUUCUCCA